AAAUAGUUUCUUUAACGUCAAGAAAGUUUUUAAUUCAGACAUUCCGGAACUGACACUCUUUUACAUGAAAAAUAAAUAAAUGAGGGAAUCAGACAUUUGCAAGUCACAGUGUAGCUAUUUAAUUUUUGAAGUAUCGUUAGAUUACAUUUUGGCUACACAAACAAUUAAGCUUUUGGGUUGAAAUAUUUGUUCAAAGAUGGUAAGUUCUUUUUUUUUUUCUUCAAGGAACAAAUGAACUUUGGAUGUUAAAGACCUAUUCUUUGUAAGGUACCAUCGGCCAUCGGUUCAAUAAAAAAAUGCCAAAAAAUGCAGUGCAAUGAAUGGCAAUUGACAAUUAAAAUGUUGGUAAGCCAAAAUGUUGAAUAAUACCAGGCUCAGACUCAGAAAUUUCUUUCCAAGUCUAAUUUGCUUAUAAUUAUAAGAGUUUAAGAGUUUUAAGCCUAUUUAAAAAAAUGGACAGUAUGGAUUAUACUACACAAACUAUGCUAUGGCUAUGGACCAUGGAUAAUUUUGCUGUGUAACUGUGUAUGUUUUUAUUUUUGAGCAAAUAAGCACUCUCCCUCAAAUGUGCCUGCCUAAGUCUCUCAAAAAGUCCAUUAAAACCCGUCUGUUUAGGUCCGCCUUUGACUUGUGAUGCACCCUCCUUGCCCUGCCUCAUUUUCUGUCUCGGGUUGAUCCCUUAGUAUAGGCCAAAACAUGCCAAAGUGUACUAGUACUCGUUUUUAUAGCCAUUUUAAUGUUUAAGCUACUGUUUCUGUAGUCAUUUUUCACAUUGUAGUUACUAUUCUAGUGCCUCUGGUUUUUCAUUUUGAUUUUACUUUAGCAGUUUAAAUAGUUUACCUAUUUUUAAUAAUUGUAAAGCCAAAGCGCUUAGAGCUGUAAGGUAAACGCUAUAAAAAAAUGCCUAAAUAAAUAAAUAAAUAAAUGCCUGGAGAAAUGACUAAUAACUAAUACUAAUACUAAUAUUAAAUAGACUAACUAAUGUGUGGUAAAAGUUAAGGCAAUGCACUGAGUCUGAGUAAAUACACUACUCACUACAUAGCCAUAGCACAAAUUGUUUGUGUCGAAGUCAUAGAAAAAAAAUGUACCACUUCUUUCUCUUAGGAACUAUGUCUAUUGAGGCUAGCUAGGGUGCACUCACUGACUGACAUAAUUUGUUAAAUUGUUUGAGAUGAUCAAGUAAUUUUGUACUCUAGUGACAUAAAUUGAAAACCUUGAUUAGGCCUAUCCUGUUUUCAUUAACCAGGGCUAAUAUUUUACAAAAUGAAAAAUUACCAGUGAAGACCUUAUAUUUUAUAUCUAAAACUUUUGCUAAGAAAAUAUUCAGCUUAUCAAUAAAUUAAUAAAAUAACAAUUCAUUUGUAUUUUGAUUAAUUAUUUCGAUAAUAUGUAAAAUUGUAACAUAUUAUUGAAAUAAUUAAUCAAAAUACAAUUGAAUGGUUAUUUUAUUGAUUUAAUUAUAAGCUGAAUAUUUUGUAAAAUUGUAACUUGUUAUUGUUUAAUUUUAUUUCAUAGAGGGUCACAAAAAAUUUGUUUUGAAAAGUGUAUAAUUGGCUUCGACCUGGUGGGGGGCAGUUUAAGGGUCAAAGUGGGUGGUGGCCAGAACAAAAUUUGAACACCACUGAUCUAAAGCAUAAAUGACAUCAUUAGUUCAGCUAAUUUGAUGAUGAAAUUUGUUAGAGGCUUAAUUUGCUCUUUUGUUAAAUUAAUUAAUAAUGAACGUCUUUUGUUUAUAGUUUCGAAACCAGUAUGACAAUGAUGUUACAGUAUGGAGUCCACAGGUAAAAGGGUUGCAGAAAUUUGUAAUAAAUUAAAUAAUUUAUGUUUUUUUUAUAUUUAAUACAAUUCUUAUAUUUUUUAAGAAUCAUUAUUUUUCAUCUCCUCACAUAUUCUUUGUCACUUUUCUAUUUAUGUAAAGAUAAUUAAAACUUCAAUGCAACUACCCAUUAGUCUUCAUAGAUAAUUGUAUUUUCAUUUUUUUAAAAAUAAUAAUAGCAUGUAGUUCAGAUGAGCCUUUGUGUUGAAUAAUAUGGAAAACUUAAGUAGAAUUUAAUAAUAAUAAUUAUCUGGUUUACAACUGCCUAUGAACUACUUUUAAUUAAUGCAAACUUAAGACUUGGUUAAAUAUUCUAAAUAUCUACUUCAGGGGCGUAUACAUCAACUGGAGUAUGCUAUGGAAGCAGUCAAGCAGGGAUCGGCAUGUGUUGGUCUAAAGUCUAGGACUCAUGCUAUUUUAGUGGCACUCAAGGUAAACUACAAAUGGUUUAAUAAGGUUAAUCAUGAAAAACAACACCAGACAAGCCACAACAUCAGAUAUUCUAGGAGAAGCCAAACCAGUAUCUUCUAAGUAAAAACUGGCCAUUGUUGUCUGCAGUUUUGCCAUUAUCUAGAAAGUUCUGCAAAGACUUCCGGUCUGAUGACCCAAAAAUAUACACCAAGAUCUCUGGACCUGUAGAUAAACUGCACAGUUCAAGAUUUUCAAGAUUUUAACACGUAUAAAAAUUCACAGUUUAUUGAUUGAAACAGCAGUUUAUUAAUUGAAACAGCAGUUUAUUGAUUGAAACAGCAGUUUAUUGAUUGAAACAGCGCAUGCUUCACUGAUAACUUUUAUUAUGUGCAACUGUUUUUAAAAAUAAAAAAUUGAAAGUGAUCAUAUUUUAUCAUUGAAAAGAUUUAAAAAUUAUUUUGUAGCGGGCUCCAUCAGAAUUGUCAGCUCAUCAGAAGAAAAUUUUACCUAUUGAUGAUCAUAUAGCAGUAUCUAUUGCUGGCUUGACUGCUGAUGCCAGAUUAUUAUGGUAUGCUAUUUUCAACCUUAUAUACGUAACGGUAAAGACAAUAACCAAGGUGAUCCAAAUUAAACCACUCAUUCAAUUGGCAUCAAGCAACUAAAUCAUUUACUUUUUAAGUCUUUUAUUUGUCAAAAUAAAUUUAGGCAAGGGUUAAAUCUGCCUUGAUGUUGAAUGAGAUAAGAUACUUUUAUAGCUUCAAAUAAAUGGAAAUAUUUUUAUUACAAUGUACAUAUUCAUUUUCAGCACUUAGAUAAAUAUUCUUAACAAGACAACAUUUUAAACCAGAACAUUUUAAAUACAAGACAUUUGAAUUUCUCCCUAGUGCAAAAAUCAGUUGUCAUAUACCAUAGAACUUCACUCCCUUAGUGACAAUAUUGAAUAAAGAGUGAUUAUUUAGGUUUAGUAUUAGCCUUAUUGAGCUGAUUCAUCUGUGAUGAAGAGGGUGGACUGUAUCCUCGGAUAAUGUUUAGUUUAUUAAUGCAUUUUGCUUCAAAGAGAAUGGUUUUUGCUUAUUUCACCUUUUUUUCUUCCAGUAAUUAUAUGAGGAAUGAAUGCCUAAAUUCUCGUUGGGCUUACAAUGCCCCACUUCCAGUAUCUCGUUUAGUGGCAGCAGUUGGAAGUAGUAUCCUUUCAAAAUAUGAAACGCCUUGUGUAGUUUGUCAUUUAACUGUUUUUAUUUUUAACUUACCUUUUUCUGUUAGCUAUAAUGGUGAAAAUUUUAAUUAUUGAAAACUUUAACGGCUAAUCAAUAGUUCAUUCAAUAAAUUCAAAUGUUCAAACACGGAAAACAUUCAAAAGUCCUUUUAUAAAUAAAUUAAAACAGUGGAUCAGCUUCAUAGACAUAAAUACAUAUAACAGGACAGGCAUCAACUUAGACAAAACUUAAGACCCAAAAUUUACUUGGUUAAAAAUUGAUAGUAGUUUUAUAUAUUUAAAAAAAACAAAAUCCCUGGAGAGCUUUUAAAAUAUUCCAUGUGUAAUAGAAUUCCUUAACAAGAUGAACAGAAUCCCAGAUACCGACUCAAAGAUAUGGCAGGCGUCCAUUUGGAGUUGGUCUGCUAGUAGCUGGUUAUGAUGUAAGUUGAUUAAAAGUAUUAUGAUGUGAGUUUAUUUAAAGUAUGCCAUUUUACAAUGUAGUUGUUUAAAGUAUUAUUAUGUGAGUUUAUUUAAAGUAGCCAUUUUAUAAUGUAGUUGAUUGAAGUAUUAUCUUAAAGGUUAGUUAGAAGUAUCAUUUAUAUAGGCAUUGUCACUUGUCAGAGGUUCAAUCUAAAAAGUGUUCAGUGUUUUUUAUGUAGAUAUGAACUGACAUUACUCGGAAACAUUUAUAUUCUUUCUUUUAUGAUUAUUAUUAAUGCUGUCUUCUCCUUAACUCUUUCACUGCAGAAAUUUUUUAUUGAAAAUGUGUACAUUUUUUUCAAAGAGCAAGAAAGAGUGAUUGGCUGGGUUUAUUAAAAAAAUGUUUAAAAUAUUAUUUGUUGGUUUAUAACACUAAAAUUGGUAUCAAAUGACAGGUAAUUGAAUGGGCUUUAUGUUUGUAAACUUAUUUUUUUUCAGUUUAAAUAAAAUAAGUAUGGUAACAGAAAAGAACCAUAAAAUGUGAACAAAUUAUAUAUUCUGAACCAUUUUUCCCCAAACCCUAUGGUGUACGCAUACCUCAUCUUCACUUCUAUAACUCAAAUCCUCUAAAACUUCUACUAUCAGAAUCAUGUGAUGGAUCUAAAUAUAAAUCAUCUUCACUAUCAAAAGAAAUAGUAUAAAACAAUUCCAAAGCUUUUUGAGCUGUUAAUUGUCUAGGAAACUUACUCACCUGCCAGGACAUAGGGGAGCCAUAGCAACAGUAGAAAAAAAUAUAGAAGAAAAUCACUAAAAUAAUGCUUCAUAUUAUAACAAAUAAAUCUUGGUUUUGCUUAUAAACAAUGAACUACCGCUCUUCUAUGAAAAAAGUAUUAUUUAAAAAUAGCUCUUAAAAAGUUUAACUGAGAAAUAGCCAAGAAAAAACAUGACAUUGAAACAACGCAGACUGCGUUGGUCCGUGUUUUUUAGAACGGCGAAUGAACACACUGUGCGUUGCUCCGCAGCGAAAGAGUUAAAGCAAUGCACAUAUUUUUCUUAAUACUAUAAAUUAAAAUGUAUCAUGAAUUUUGCUAAUUUUUAAAGAACAUUUCUCCCAUAAAUUUAUACCCUAGGCUCAAGGUCCACAUAUUUACCAGACAUGUCCAUCAGCUAACUAUUAUGACUGCAAAGCUAUGGCUAUUGGAGCCCGAUCUCAGUCAGCUAGAACUUACCUUGAAAAGCAUUUGGAUGUUUUUCUUGACAGUAAGUAAAAAUCAUUUGAUAAACCUCUUACUCCUUUAGCGCUACUUUGAUUUUUUUAUACAUUGUUUUUAAUUUAUUGUUAAAUCUAAUAUUCCAUGGCUCACCAGGUUCAUUAGAUGAGUUGGUUAAACAUGGUCUUAGGGCACUGAGAGACACGCUACCUCAGGAGAUAGACCUCACAGCCAAGGUAAUGAUGGAUGCAACUGAUUCACUUAAAGUAUCUAUUGAACCUUAGUAAUUAUUUUCUUAGUUUUUUUUGGUACAUUUUGUUUGUAAAAUAGAUUUUGAUGUAACAGUUAAUUCUGUAUGUCUUUAAUUCAUGCAGAAUUGCUCCAUUGGUAUUGUCACCAAAGAUACAAAGUUUGCCAUCUUGGAUGAUGAUCAAGUAGCUCCAUAUGUAUCCUUUCACACAUUUUGGGCUCGAACUUCAGACACAUAACUUAGUGGGUUAACUCCUGGCAUAUAUCAGGGGGGACAACUUGAUUUUUUUAACAGAUAACUCUUGAUCUUUUAUUUCUGUAUCACUGUGGCAAUGCAUCAAAAAAAGCCAAAACUCAAGGCAGAUGUUUUGCUAUCCCACAUUGUCAGUAGUGCUUGCCUCAAGCCUGCAAACUCAAUAAAAUGUACUUCGUGUUCAAAUUCUUAAAUGACCACCUUUACAUAACCCCUUAUGGUUUUCUGCUCCAUAUUUAUUUUUAUAUUGGAAAUCUAUUUUUUUCAUUUUAUAAGAACUAAUAUGCUGAACAAAAAUGGUUUGCUGAGCUACCAGCCACUCACAAUACCCCAUCCCCAGCUUCCCCACUAAGAAGAUUUGAAAAGCCACACAUAAGAACCAGCCACUACUUAGACCCCAUUGGUGGCCAACACAGGUGCCAGGCCACCUACCAUAUCCAAACUUGACAUUAACAACCUUAUUCUCCCCUCCCAUUCUGGGGUGUAGGUGGUUGCCAAAUUAGGAGAUAUUUUUUUAUCGUUUCCAGCUGGUUUGGGUCAAUGGAGGAAGAGUGCUUGAGUCUGCCUGCGAACAGUGUCCUUCAUGAUUGUAUGUGUUAAAUCACCAGUGAGUGAUACCACAUCCUUGUUUGCCAUCUUGUAUUUGUAAAUGACAGCAUGUAUUCAUGGUACAUAGCCGUUUCCAGCUUCCUAGAAUGAUCAUCUUUGCAUCUUAUACUUAUCUUGUCUAUUUCACUGAACCCCGGAUAACAUGAGGGGUUUGAGGGGCGGUGUCCCCAGAAGAUGUCCCAGGUCAGAUAUGUUUAAAUGGAUUGUACAAUAAGUGAAUUAUUACUUUUAUGUGCAUUAAAAAAAAUGCCUUAAUAAAGCAAAGCUGGCCAUGAUUGAGGGAGAGGAGAGAAGCACACGGCCUGUACCUGAUGAAACAGGGGUAAGUUGUAACAUUGUUAACAUUUAGUUACAUAAAAUAUUUAAAUGGAUAAGUCUAUAUUAUAACAGAAAGGAGCAUUAAAAAAAAACAAUAAUUCCAACUCACGAAUACUGUACUUAAUUUCUUACAAGAUGAAGACUUUCAAGAAAAACGUGAAAUGAGUUAUGUACAGGUUUGCUGAGUGUCUCAUACUUAAUGUGUAAUUUCUUGUUUGAUAUAUAUCUGCAUUCAGCAACGUAUUGCUAUUCCUGAGUUAGAUGACAUUCCUGUGAGUAACUGAGACCUUUUCAACAGUUGAUCCAUUACUUUUCCUUUUUAUUUCUUUUUUGUUGACAUUUUACUUGAAAGUUCACGUUCAUUAACUUUGUACAUUAACAUUUGCACCCAAAGAAACACUACCUCUGGAAUUAUGAUUUAUUUACUAAAUAGUUCAGGCCAAUGUUAACCAAAGAACCAUUCAUUGAAUAUUUUCAUAUUGUCUUUGUGUUAAAUUUGCCUGGAAAAUGUCUUUGUUCUUUUCUUUUGUUCAAUUUUUAUUUUAAAAUAACAUUAAUUUUUGUUGCAUUUUAUUAUAAAAUGCAUUUCAUAUUAUGUCAAAGCUUAAAAAAAUACAUUAACAAAGAUUGAGCCCAGUUGGUUCUUUCCAAUGAAUAAAUGGGUAACUUCACCAUUUGUGAGUGAUGGUGUGAAGAGACCAUUUUUUAGUGCUUCAUUUUUUACUGAUCAUAAUCACUAAUCAAUGUUACAUAAGUCAGUUAUUGACAAGCUUUGCAAGACAGACCCAACAAAUUUAUUUACAGCGUUGUGAAUUUUCACAUUUUUGAAUUAAAAACACGAUCACACCAUUUUAAUUAAAGCAAUGAAAAGCUUAACUUGUCAUCUGCAACCAUUCUCGGGUGAAGAGCUGGAGGGUAUUUUUGUUUUCAUUUAAUUCAGAUAUGGAUGUACUUUUGUUUAGAAGUCUGGUCUCUUUCUCUUCAACAAUACUUGAAUAAUUUAGACAAGCAUUUUGUCUUACUCUAGAGCUUCGAUUUUCAGAACGAAUUGGUGUUUCAGAUAAAAAAUUUGUCAGAUAACCAAAAUUAGUGCAAAGAAAACACAUAUUGGGUCCGUGGUGUUUCAGAUAAAAAAUUUGUCAGAUAACCAAAGUUAGUGCAAAGAAAACACACAUUAUUUUAUAGUGCUUGAUUUUGGCAUAUCUGAACUUUUUUUUUUUUUUUUUUUUUGCUUGACACCCUUUUUAUUCAGCUCCCUGACCCCCCCCCGUUAUCAAUUUUAAAAAAAAUAAAGUUAGUGCAAAGAAAACACACAUUAUUUUAUAGUGCUUGAUUUUGGCAUAUCUGAACUUUUUUUUUUUUUUUUUUUGCUUGACACCCUUUUUAUUCAGCUCCCUGACCCACCCCCGUUAUCAAUUUUAAAAAAAAUAUUAAUUCUGGGUGGUGCAUAUGUCCCAUGUUGAGAGACACUGCUUUAAUGUAUUGUGCAUGAACCACACCGCAGGACGUAUAAGGGUUGGAUGAUUGAUGUCCUACUGCUGUGGGCUCAACAAAAAAUAACCGGCCAAAAAGGUCGUUUCCAAAAGCAGAUUGCUGGUGAUUAAAAUAAGAUCAAGAUCCCAGGUCACUUUGUCUUGGCAGGCAUGCAUUCUGCAACACCAGGGUACAUCAAUUCAUUAAAAAGUUUGCAGAUUAGCAUUAUUCCAUUCUCUGGCCAUUGGAUGAACAAUUCAUAUUUAGAUUUUUGGUGUACAGUGCGGCACAGUUCGGAGAUGUCACUUUGUCUUGGCAGGCAUGCAUUCUGCAACACCAGGGUACAUCAAUUAAUUAAAAGUUUGCAGAUUAGCAUUAUUCAAUUCUCUGGCCAUUGGAUGAACAAUUCAUAUUUAGAUUUUUGGUGUACAGUGCGGCACAGUUCGGAGAUGUCACUUUGUCUUGGCAGGCACGCAUUCUGCAACACCAGGGUACAUCAAUUAAUUAAAAGUUUGCUGAUUAGCAUUAUUCAAUUCUCUGGCCAUUGGAUGUACAAUAUAUAUUUAGAUUUUUGGUGUACAAUGCGGCACAGUUCGGAGAUGUUUUCAGAUGUUUGUACAAAUGUGUUCCAUGCUAUGGGCAUUGUGUACAAUAAUCUAACAAUGAAAGAUGGUGGCUGUUCAAAUAACUAACGUUUUGGGUAAUAGGCUUGGGUAAUAGGCGUUUGGGAAAUCAACAUUUAUUUUGGUUGAAUAUUCAAAACAAGCAUAUUAUUAAUUAUUAUAAUAUUAAAUGGUAUUCAGCUAUGACUUGUGAUUUAUGAUCAGGAAACUGACAAAAAGAUUUAGAACUAAUUAAGUUUUUUAUUACGAUUUGCAUGAUUUUCCAGGAACUGCCUUCAAAUGUCACUGAAUCUCAUACAUGUAUAACUUAAUUAUGUUAUUUCUUUUAAUAGCAACCCAUGGAGGCAGAUGACCAGGUAGGAGCUGCACAGCCAGACCCUCUUAUCACAGAUCCUCCAGCAGUGGAUGAGAGUAUGGAUCAAUAGAUGGCUUAUUCAUUAAAUCUCUCACCAUUAUUGUCAAUGACUUAUUCAUUGUGUAUCUCAAACCUUUUAUUGUUAUGUUUUAUGAAUGCAAAUUUACUUUAAUCGAUGAGCCUCUUUCAAUUUAGAAGUUGGUAUUUAAACAAAACUGCUUCUGUCAAUGUUAUAAAGAAGAAAAUUUAAGAAGAAUCAAGGAUUUUGACUGUAGCCUGAUAAAAAAUAUUAACAAAAUUUUAAUUUCUUUUUGUUCAUUUAUAGUUUUUGAAACUGGUUUUCAGUUAAAACAUUAAACUAUCGAUGCAUUGUUGAAACAUGUUUCACUCAUGAUGUCCAUGAUUCAGCGUGAUGUUUUAGAUGUUCUGGCCAAAUGAUCUUUGAACAUCAUGAAAAGAAAUACUGACAUUCUCAAGAAUUAAAGUGAUUUCACCAACAAAUCGUUCUACAUGAUGGUCAGUGGUAUUUCAUUCACUUAAUUUGUAAUCUCUGCCAAUUUUACAGAUAUUCAGUAGAACGUAAAAUAAGAUUCUGAAAUGUUACUGUUCGUUGCAUUGUGUAACUGAAGUGAUGGUUUGUCAUUUUUGUUGUCAUUUUGUUAUAAAAAUUAAAUUUGAACACAAAUUUUCAGUAUUUUUGUUAUUGAAAAUCUCUGCUGUUAUUUUUUAUACUCUUUC